AUGGCGAGCAGCAGCAGCUCCAAGGCCGAGUUCAUCGUCGGCGGCAAGUACAAGCUGGUGCGCAAGAUCGGCUCCGGCUCCUUCGGCGACAUCUACCUGGCCAUCAACAUCACCAACGGCGAGGAAGUGGCCGUGAAGCUCGAGUCUCAGAAGGCCCGGCAUCCCCAGCUGCUGUACGAGAGCAAGCUCUAUAAGAUCCUGCAAGGCGGGGUCGGCAUCCCCCACAUACGAUGGUAUGGUCAGGAAAAAGAUUACAAUGUGCUAGUCAUGGAUCUUCUUGGACCCAGCCUCGAAGACCUCUUCAAUUUCUGUUCAAGAAGAUUCACAAUGAAAACUGUACUUAUGUUAGCUGACCAGAUGAUCAGUAGAAUUGAAUAUGUGCAUACAAAGAAUUUUAUACACAGAGACAUUAAACCAGAUAACUUCCUAAUGGGUAUUGGGCGUCACUGUAAUAAGUGUUUAGAAUCUCCAGUGGGGAAGAGGAAAAGAAGCAUGACUGUUAGUACUUCUCAGGACCCAUCUUUCUCAGGAUUAAACCAGUUAUUCCUUAUUGAUUUUGGUUUGGCCAAAAAGUACAGAGACAACAGGACAAGGCAACACAUACCAUACAGAGAAGAUAAAAAUCUAACUGGCACUGCCCGAUAUGCUAGCAUUAAUGCACAUCUUGGUAUUGAACAAAGUCGCCGAGAUGACAUGGAAUCAUUAGGAUAUGUUUUGAUGUAUUUUAAUAGAACCAGUCUGCCAUGGCAAGGACUAAAGGCUGCAACAAAGAAACAAAAGUAUGAAAAGAUUAGUGAAAAGAAGAUGUCCACUCCUGUUGAAGUUUUAUGUAAGGGAUUUCCUGCAGAAUUUGCCAUGUACUUAAACUAUUGUCGUGGGCUGCGCUUUGAGGAAGCCCCGGAUUACAUGUAUUUGAGGCAGCUAUUUCGCAUUCUUUUCAGGACCCUAAACCACCAAUAUGACUACACUUUUGAUUGGACAAUGUUAAAGCAGAAAGCAGCGCAGCAGGCAGCCUCUUCGAGUGGGCAGGGUCAGCAGGCCCAAACCCCCACAGGCAAGCAAACUGACAAAACCAAGAGUAACAUGAAAGGUUUCUAAGCAUGAAUUGAACAGAAGAAGCAGAGCAGAUGAUUGGAGCAGCAUUUGUUUCUCACCCAAAUCUAGACGUUUUUUAGUUCAUAUGUACACUAGCCAGUGGUUGUGGACAACCAUUUACUUGGUGUAAAGAACUUAAUUUCAGUAUGAACUGGCUCUGAACAGCAUUGGUGAUGCUGUAUCCUGAGUUGUAACCGCUGUAAUUGUGAAUAUUAACUGAGAUAGUGAAACAUGGUGUCCAGUUUUCUAUUGCAUUUUUUUCAAGUGGAAAAGUUAACUAAAUGGUUGACACACAAAUUGGAGAAAUUGUGCAUAUGCCAACUCCCCCCACCCCCUUUUUUUUGGAACUACACUGCUUUGAGAUCUCAUUUCAGAAGAAUGGCAUGAACAGUCUUCAGCCACAGUUGUGAUGGUUGUAAAUGCUCACAAUUGUGCAUUCUUAGGGUCUCUUUCCCUGGGUUUUGCAAGUUGUUCACUUAAAACAUUCUAAAAGUGGUUGGCUUCUGGUUUGUAAGCCAGCUGAUAGGUAGCAACCAAAGAUUCCAGUGUCUGAGCAUAUGAAAGACUGCCUGCUUACCUGUGCUAGAAAUAACAGCAUCUAAAAUGAAGACUUAAGAAAAACUUAGUGACUACUAGAUUAUCUUUAGGACUCUGCAUUAACUCUGUAAUGUUCUUGGUAUUUAAACAAAAACAUAUUUGUCACAGAUUUAGUUAACAUCUUACAACUGAACAUGUAUGUAUGUUGCUUAGAUAAAUGUAACCACUGUAAACAUCUAUAUGACCUGGGAUUUUGUUUUUAUUUUGAAACGGGAGCUCUUUUGUUUACAAGUUCAUUAAAAACUAAAAACUGUUUCUGUAAGGAAAUGAGAUUUUUUAAAAACAAAAAUGCCUUGAUGACUCACUGAAAUCAAAGUUGCCCCACUUUUUUUAAUAGAGUAAGCCAUUACAUAAUAUCCUUUGCAAAAAACUUUCAUUUUAAUGUAUUAAUCUUUUUUCCUUCAUUUUUAUUUAAAACACUUUGAAGGGGAAAGGCAUUCCCCCACUUUUUUUUUUUUAAAUAACUUCUGCAGAACUGCAUUUGCCUGGUGUUGGUAUUGUAAUCUCUGCCACAGCAGACUGAUAGCUGGACUGAUUUUGAAUAUGAAUGAAAGCUUUAAAGGGUUUGACCAUUAGGUUUUUGUUAAAUUUCCUGUUGAUUGGUUUAGAUAGAUAGAAGCUUUACCCUUGUGAAGAUCAUCUGGGAGUGAGGUUCCUGUGAUGGCUAUCUCGUCUGAUCCAGCUCUUUAAGUUACCUACCCUUCCUCAGUCUUAAAGGCUGCUUUGUUUUUUUUGUUUUUCCCUGACUCUCACUAAAGAGAGGCUUACUGACAGUUCUUUAAACUAAUUUAAUUAUUUGUAGCAUGUCAAGAUUAAGUGAAAGGUUUGUCUGAAAGUGCUGCCAGGAGUCUAAUGUGUAAAUGUAGGUAUUUUAUAAAAAUAGCCUUGAAGCUGUUAAUUGACACAUGCUUGGUCAGAUUAUGUCAGGUUUAAUUUUUUUUCCCUUAAUUUAAAAACUUUAGCAAUAAUUCCAGGGUUGCCACAUUCUACCAUAAAAGGACAUAUUAGCACUGUCACACUGCAGAAUCCUUAAUGAGUGCAAACUUUGGGAUAGGCAGCUUACUUUCUUUUCUAUCCUCCCAUGUCAGUUAAGGUAUUUGCUUCCUAACCAGUAAGCCCUUUGAUACUUUUAGCCAGAAAUCAGUCUCAGAAAGCUAUUUUUGAGUAUAGUUUGUGUAAAAUAAAAAUGUUCGGCUUUGGUGUUAACUUUCAAAGCUGAACUCCCUCUAGCAAAAUAUUUUUCAGUGCUUUUAUUUACUAUGCACUUAGACUAUGCACUUUUUCUGAAAUAUUUUUGUAACACUUUUUUGUAUUUUUGCCAUUUGAAAAGGUUGUGGUGUAGUUGGUCUGUAAUUAAGUUAUGGGUUUAAAACUGCUGUUAGCUUUGUAAAUCCAAAUCUAGGUGUUUUUGUCCUGGUAUAUUGUCAUUCCAUCUGCAGCUGGAGCUCGAAUCCCAUUGAUCUUCUAGCUACUAUUAAUUUUCUUCACAAAAGAAGAAUGAAAUUCAGUGAAUGAUGUUACUAAUCCUGUUGGGAGAUGAAUCUCAGUUCAUCAAAAUUAAAUUUGUGUUUUUCCACUAAAAUGAUGAUAGAAGUUGAAGACACAUCACUCUGAAAUUGGAAGAACUCACCACUUAAGGCUCCACAGUGGCUUCCUCAGCUGAACUCUAGGUUACUACUCUUGCUUUGUUCACCCAUGGAGGGUGCAGUUUUUUUAAUGUUGGGAGAUGGCCAUUCUAACUACUGUUGAAUGUCUGUUUUGGGGAGGUAUGACGACAAUAAAAAGGAAUAUAUGAAGGGAGAGACUGAUUAUCUCCUCCCA